AUUUUUUUUACCUGUAGUCUUUCUUUAAAUGUCAGGUACUUAUUUGGGACUAUUUCAAUAAACGGCGAACUCAAGGCUGAGUAACUCAAACCAAACUUUGGAGGAGGCAAACUUGCAGAUGGAUCAAGAAAUUCUUCUUGAGGUGCAAGAUGUAAAUAAUGCUUCUCCAUUCGGCAAGGAUUCAACAGGAAAUGAGUUGGCUUUGGUAUCUAUAGAACCAUCCAGGUCUUCAGUUACAAUUGCUGGGGGGCCUACAAUGUCAAAUGGCCAUUCAACUGGAUAUAGCUCUAAUUUGUAUCAGGGAAAUGCUGUAAGUUUGUCAUUCUCAGAUAUUGAUGAUGGAUAUGAUGUUUUAACAUUCUGUUUUCAUGUAGCUUGAUACUAGUGCUUCAGCAACAAACAAUUUUUAUUAGCUUUGAUGCUUUAGUUUUUUAGGUUAUUAAGCUUAUGGAUGAGUUUUCUAUCU